GGAGAGCGAGCGGAACGCCAGUUUCAUUGAGGAGCUCGGCUGCCGAGAGCGGAGAGGGACGGUCGCUGGUACUUGUGCACAGAAACAUACAACACACACGGCAAGCUCUGGGGAACACGGGGGGAAAGAGGGACCUUAAAACGGCCUUAAGACACCCGAUAAGGGUAAGACGAAGCAGAGAGGCAGCGCAACUGCGACUGAAGGAAAAGUGAGCAACCCGGAGUUGGCUGUUCGUCCUGGGUUACUUGUGGAAUUAGCGGCGCAACCAGUAAUAAAAAGAAACUACCUCCCCCCCCUUUUUUUUCCCCCCGGUCCCCCCCCCCUCCCCUUUUAAGCGUUUUCUUUUUUUUUCUUUUUUCUGUCCACUGGAACAACUGACAAGAAGGAGGAACAGAAUCGCAGUGAGACUUGUGCGUUACAGAAACUGACGAGAGCCACCAGGAGCGUCUAGUAGCUGUCGGCUGGGAGAGAUUUGAACCGAGGGGGGUGUGAAAAAUACACACAUCUCUUGCGUUUUGGGACUUUUUCGUUUUUAUUUAUUUUUAAUUAUUUUUAUAGAGAUAUUUAUUUUUUUUGUUCCUUCUUCUUCUUUUCUGUCUGGGGUUAAAGUGGUUGUGUUUUUUUUUUUUGGAAUAUGGUUGGGGAAAUGGAAACUAAGGAGAAGCCGAAGCCGACCCCAGACUAUCUGAUGCAGCUCAUGAACGAUAAAAAACUAAUGAGCAGCCUGCCUAACUUCUGUGGGAUUUUCAACCACCUCGAAAGGCUGUUGGAUGAAGAAAUCAGCAGAGUACGAAAGGACAUGUACAAUGACACAUUAAACGGCAGCACAGAGAAGAAGAGCUCAGAACUACCUGAUGCUGUGGGGCCUAUUGUUCAAUUGCAAGAAAAACUUUAUGUGCCUGUAAAAGAAUAUCCUGAUUUCAACUUCGUGGGACGAAUCCUGGGACCCAGAGGAUUAACAGCGAAGCAGCUGGAGGCAGAGACGGGGUGCAAAAUCAUGGUUCGUGGAAAGGGCUCAAUGAGGGACAAAAAGAAGGAAGAACAAAACCGAGGGAAGCCGAACUGGGAGCACCUAAACGAAGACCUACAUGUAUUAAUCACUGUGGAAGAUGCCCAGAACAGAGCUGAAAUCAAACUGAAAAGGGCUGUAGAGGAAGUCAAAAAGCUAUUGGUGCCAGCCGCAGAGGGUGAAGACAGCCUUAAAAAGAUGCAGCUGAUGGAACUUGCGAUUCUCAAUGGCACCUACAGAGACGCCAACAUCAAAUCACCUGCCCUUGCCUUUUCUCUUGCAGCAACAGCCCAGGCACCCCGGAUCAUCACCGGGCCCACGCCCGUCCUCCCGCCCACCGCCCUGCGAACGCCCACGCCCGCAGGCCCUACCAUAAUGCCUUUGAUCAGACAGAUCCAAACCGCCGCUGUCAUGCCAAACGGAACCCCUCACCCUACAGCUACCAUUGUCCCACCUGGGCCUGAGUCCGGACUCAUCUACACACCCUAUGAGUAUCCUUACACACUGGCACCCGCGACAUCCAUCCUGGAGUACCCCAUCGAGCCCAGCGGUGUAUUAGCAUCCUCAAAGGCUGAAGAACUGCCACUGUACUUUGGGUUCCAUACUUGUCACAUUCCAGUCACAUUCCAUCGAGGAGAACCCUCCUCCAGGGUCCCCUUUUAAAGAGCACAGGCUGCACACACUGUUUAAACUGCCCAGACUCCCCUUGGGGGGCCUUUUUGAGGAGCUUCCAGCCUCACCCAUAGACCAUGAUGCUCUUGCAUCAUUUCACUUCGGUGAAUGUUUACAAAAAAGAAACUGGCCCUUUUUCCUGUAGUGUCUGCAGCCUGAAGUGAUUUUUUGUUUAAUUUGUGUGCAUGCCUGGUUAAAAAAAACAGCACAGAGAACCAUUGCUUCAGAUACUCGAGGAUUCAACUGUGGAUGAGGUUAACUUGUGAUGGGGAUCUUUUUUUGCAUUGGGUUAAACAUGAAGACAAUGCAGUAUGUGUAUAACUACACAGAGGAUGGACUUCUCCAGAGACUAAUUCACAUUCCCUUCCUUUAUUCUUUAGGUAUGGCUUUCCCCACGAAAGGCUAAGCAUUCAAGAAUGGUCUUACCCAACCCUCAUCUGAUCUGAGUUUUAACAAAUGCUUAGUUUCACAGCUGUCUUGAUAAAUAUGAGCUCAGCCUAGCAGUCAGUCAGACACUUGCCUUAGAUACCCGAAGAUAUUUUUACUACUGAAGUUUACACUGGCAAUAUAUUUUGCAGAAAAAAGUAAUGAUGCAAUUUUAUCCUAUAUACAUAUGUUAACAGGUGUUUCACUGACUGCUAUGUUUUGGUAAAACAAUAAACUGUUUUGCUUUACUAAUCACCUAAUUCACUGCCAACUGUGCUUAUUGGCUUAUAGCCUCAAUCUAAAAUUUUAGCCUAAAGAAACUACUGCAAAACGUUCUUACAAAACUGGAUUGUGUCUCAGACCAUUUCAGAGAAUAAUCAGUAUUAUUAUUUAAGAGAAAAACUGGAAACAUGGUUCUAUUCUUGCUGCACUCCAUUGAUUAUGUGACUAGUAAAGCCCACUUUGUGCUUGUCUGAUCAAUGUCAUUAAUACUGUUCUUUGGGAAAUUAUAACUUUGGAUCCAUCAGGUUAAGGCAACGUAAUGGAAGUGACUGCUACUAUGUUAGAAACAAUAUAGAUAUACUUUUAAAAACAAACUAUUGUGCCUUAACUUGUAUUUUUAUCGCGUAAUUUGUAGAUACCAUGAGUCAUUUUUGAUAAACCUGCUGUUGUUGAUAAACUGCUAAUGGAAUAUUUCUAGGCUGAAUAAUCUAACCUUGUUUUGGUAAUGUUGCAAUUUAACCAGGUGCGGUGGCUACUAAAGUUCGAAGGCACGAUAUGCGGGUCCAUCCUUACCAAAGGGUUGUGACCGCAGACCGAGGUUAGUUUAGCUCCAGUGUUCGUGUUUAUGAGAAAUGCUAUGGUUGGUUAUGAUCCACUUUGCAACACAUGGACAUAUUCACAGGCUUUUAACUCAAACAAUACAGUAUACACAUUUUUUUUUUAUUCUAUGAAGGGUUAUUUUAUUAUAAAACCAGUAUUCCCUCAACAGAUUUAGAUCUUACCACUCUUUUGGAAAGUGACAUGAACAUCGAUCAUGAAUUAAACUGUCCACACACACUGAAAAACUGUAAUGUGCUGGCAAUGGGUUAAAGCUGAUGGAUAGUGUCCACCAUGCACGAUGUAACAGGUCAUUUUUUCUAUACAAAUGAAAAACUAUAUUUAUAUUCGAUUUUCAUCUCUUCUGCAUUUGCUUCUCCAUUAUUUUGAUGACUAUGUGAUGCGUGUGCUGUUAAUGAUAAAUAAUGGAUUCCUCUAACCAACAUUUCAGUUUCCCCACUGCUUAGAAAAGAAAGAUACAGAAUUAUGGUGUAUUAUGUUAUUUUAACAGGUGUUGACUUCCUUUAUUUUGAAGCUUUUAUAUGGGUUAAAGUGUAAGCAUUAAAAGUAUUUAAAAGAAUUUAUUCUUAUGCUAAACAUUUCGGAAAAAUCUGACAUGUUACAAUUACGUUUUGGCUGUCUUUGUUCUGUGAAAGUCAGUUUCCUUCAGACUUAGAGUUUCAAAUGUCACUUCUAAGGUUAUGUGAGCAAAUCACAUAAAAGUUUGUUAGCGUUAAAAUACAAAGACACAGAAAAGAGUUUAAAAAUCAAGAUUGAUGUCCCUAAUUACACUUCUGCCUUUUCAGCUUGAGAGAAAAAACUUUUGAAUACAUUCCCUAAUAAAAGUCAUUCAUUAUAUCUUUCUGAAUUUUGGCAUUUAACAUUAAGAAAGUUAUUAUAUGUAAAUUCCUUGAAUUAUUUUUUGUAAAAAAGUAUGGUAUUUAUAGAGUUGAAAGUUGAAUGUGGAGCAAUAAGAAGCAGUUGGGGUGGUGUUGCUGAAAUGGAAUAAGCUAUUUCGAGUGCCUUAUUAGUGGAUACUAGAGUGGACUCCAUCAGCUUGUUUUAGUAGAACACAUCAUUCACAAAAGAAUGAAUACAGCAGGACUUUACCAAUGCCUUACCCAGCUGGGGAAACUGAAACCAAAUGAUGAUGUAUACCAGCACAAAUACCACCUAGACCUUUAAUUUGGUUGGUUGCUGUUGCAAAUGAACGUAAAGUUUUUCUUCUUGUGAUCUUUUUCAGUGAGAGUUCUUUGUGUGAAAUACAUUAUUUUUUAAAAUGUGUUCUAUGAUGAACAGGCAGAAAAAAAUGAAGAUUUGGUUUUCUGUUCAAAUUAAAUGAGACUAUCAAAAUGUUAUGUGUUUCAAGCCUGAGGACUGUCGUUUUGAAGAGUCCAAUCUGGUUAAUCUAAAGGUGAUCAAAUUCAGUGUUUGACCACGUGACAAAGCAAAUGAAUUAAUAUAUUACCCCAUAAUUAUUGGUCUGACAUCUGUAUUCUAAAAUGUGCAGAGGGCAAACAUGCUAUUAUGUCAGCAAAUCCUUGCAGUGUCUAAAAAGACAAAAAUAAAGUGAAACAUAAUUAUGUCAUCAAUACUUCAUCCUAAUUACUGCAAGAAUAUAUUUUAAAGAUGCAAAACAGUUUUGUAAAUAUAAUGGACUGUAUGGUUUACAGUACAUAGAAAACAUCAGUUAUUUGCCUACAAAGGUAGGUAAAAAAGUUUUUGUUUCUUUUUGUAUGUGUGUGGUCUCACAUGCAUGUAAAGAUAUGGUAGGAUUAAAAUUUAUUCAGUUUUUACAGUUAGAAAUAUUUUGAUCUGGCUAUAUCAUUUUGAAGAAAGUUGCAGAGAUUAUCCAGGUUAGACUGCUGGUUAAAAUAUGAUACUUAAAAAUGUUGCAUUAAAUAUCAAUUCAAAAGCAUUUGUACAAAAGAGGUUUGUGGACCCAAUAUCCUCUUUGGUAACAAUUCUGAUUAUUACCUUUUUAAUGUGACAAAUAUUUGAAUCAGGAUUUAGUAUGAACACACGGUGAUGGGGAACUAAAUCUUCAUUUUUUAUUCUCCUGCCAAACUAAUUUAAGUUGCCACCCACAUAUGCCCUUAGACCCAGCAGUGAAAUGUUCGUAAAAAGAAAUGGCUUGGUAUUUGGGUUUAUUGACAGGUCUUUUAUGAAUUGGCACUUUUUUUAAAGCUGCACAUACAGGAAGUCCUAUUAAACAGAGAGCCUGUGAUGUGAAGUCAUUACACACUUCAAGGUAUAACCUCUUCUGUGAAAUGCUAAUGGUGUUUGUGUUAAGUGUUUUUCAUGUUUUCAUCAGUGUGCUUUCUGUUUUUGAAUUUGUAAAUUGCAAAACUUGGACCAAUAUAUACUCUUUCCUCUUUGAAAGCAAUAUUACAUUUUAACAAAGGAUUUUAGUGCACUUUACAUUUUGAUGAAUAAUCCUUCAUAAUGUCAGUCUUCCAAUUAACAUAAAUAUGUACCUUUACUCUGUACAUUUGCUAUUAGGAUGUUGUUUUUUUCAGAUCUACAGCAGUAAACCUAAGUAUACCAGUUUGCAAGACAAAUUUACAGUAUAGAUGCUUCUAUCCUGAAUAGCUAGAAAGCAUUGCUGGGUCUAAGGGAAUUGAAAAACUGGCACUAGAACUUAUUUUGAAGUACUACCACAAUUAGACUUAGGGAUUGCUCUUGUUUUUUCUGAUUCGUGUUGGAGUAUCAUACAUGUGCCAAAACUCAGCUAAACAUAUUCCCAUUCAAGAAGGUUUAAUUAUUGCUAAACGUCUCUGAAUGGUGAAUUUUUACCAAGUGAAUUAGUUUUGCAUUACUAAGAAAAAAGACCUUAAUAAGUAACGAAUGAAAACUAAGUUUGGUACCUGUAACAGGCAGAUAAACUGACAAGAUUAAUUAAAACAAACUACAUGAAUUUGCACAAUUGUCAAACCUGUGUGUUGAAAAAUAAUAGCCUGUGACUGGCCAGAGGAUACAGGUGUUUGAGUUCUGUGGAAGCAGGGAGAUGUCUCUUUCUGGUUUUAUAUUGACUAGGCUGUAAAAAUGCCUCUGUGUUCUCAAACAAGAAGAUAUAGCAAGUAUUGUAUUAUUUUGUAAUGGAUUAAAAAAA